AUGCCUGAUAUGCAUAGUGGGCUGAUGGUCGUUUCUAGACUUGGCAGCAUAAGUACUGACAUGCCUUAGAAAUAUAGUCGUUGUGGGCCGAGCUCAUCAACGUAGACCAACGAGCAACCAAAUCGAUCAAAUGUCAAAGCCGCCAAAAUUGGACCCGCAUGAACGAAGCUGCGCGAAUAAUGACAUGGCAUGCACUGGAGCCUAAUGAGCCAGAAUGUAGUCCUGAAACUGCACAAUUUCGUUUGCCGCUUGUCGGUGCCUUAGACAUGUGUUGGGACGGUCGCUGCAGGAGGCCGACCACCAACAAAAACAUGCAGCUGGGCAUCCAACCAGCUUCGAUCGAUAUUUCUGGGCACCAUAUUGUAUAUGUAGGUGGCCCAAUCCCCCAUCGACGGCUUCUUCUGCUGGCAUCGAAACUUUCCCACCUUCCCCACAAACUUUACGAUGAGCUACAAUAAAGCAGACCUUGAGCGAGUGUACAGCACCUGCAGAGCAAUCUUUAGCGGCGUCGAUGCCCAGUUGCGCAAAAAGAAGAAGGUCAAAGAGGUUUUGAUCAAGAAUAGGGUCGCUGUUCGAUCGCUGUUCCUCAAUUAUGGCGAGGAGAAGACCACCCUCAUGGCGCAGCAACUGUUGGAAACCCGGGUAUUCGAGUCGGAUCUCCGCGCCAAGGUCAUGUUUCCGAAUCUGUUCCAGAGCACCCCGCAGCAGGACGCUGAGCGAGAGGCUUCUGAGGCCGAUGCAGUGAGGUCGGUUGCAAACGCUUUGGACUAUAUGAGUCAGUCUGAAGGCGAGGGUGAUGAUGAGUUCGAUCAGAUUCCCGAAGUAUCUCUUGAGGAAGCAUGUCCCACUCCCUUAGCAGAGGAAGUUUCAGAAGAAGCACCUUCUGCCGAUGAACUUCCUGUCUCAAUUGAGACUACGGCACCUCCACAAACUCCCACAGAUAUCUGCGAUGUUGACUCGGGGACCACCCUGACAUAUCCACGGCCGCACACCAAUCUCCCCUCUUUGUAUCCCGCGCGCCUCCCUUACAAUACCCAACAUAACAUUCUCACCACCGUCCAGAGAAUUCUGGAGGACUGCUGCUUUGACUUUGCAACUAAAUGGAUACCGCACGUUCUUCAGGGUCAAGGCUGGGACUGUUCUUCGGCGGUCGAGUUGACGAAGUGGACUAGUGUCUUCAGCACAACUGGCCUGAAGUUGCCUGCGCACGCUACCACGCCGGCAGGCACCUCCAUUAAGGAAAUUCUUUUCCAUACACAUCAACUAAGGCACACAGCCGUGCAUAGACUGCCCACAACUGCCCGUGGAGUCAAUCAGCACUUGCGGGCCGCACUGAGAGUGGCCGAAGCUCUCCAAGACGUUUCCCGCGCGGCCCAGCUAGAAGACUUGGUGUCCGAGGUCGAUGAGAAAAUCAAGGCCAUGGUGCUUACGAAGAACGUUUUGGAGAACCGCACUCUUUUCAGUCUUGACGACAUCCGCCGUCAACGCGAGGAACUCGAUCGUCAGGAGAAAGAAGUGAUUGAGAGCAUGGUGAAAGAGGAUAGUGACCACAAAGCGCUCAUCGGUCGCUUGCUUGAAGCUGCCGUCGAUGACAUCUUCGAGAAGAAGUUGGCUAGGGGUCAGAUAUUGGAGGAAGCUGAGAAUGAUGCUGCAGAUAUCUAUUACGAAGUCAGCGAAGAAAUUGUGAAUGGGGCUACUGAGGAUUCCGACAUGAGCAAGGGCAAGAGAACCCCCAGAGAGGACGGGAAAGAGAGCCAAGAUCUCUCCUUCUGGAUGAGAAAAUUGGUUGUCUGACUUGGGUCAACUCUUGAUGCCUUAGAGAUUUCCAGUCAUGGAUAGGCGCAAAGAAUCAACAUAUUUCGGCUUCUAGUAGGAACU